CUAGUGGAAUGUAAUUUUCAUAAUGAAGUCAGUUGUCAUGGCUUGGCUUUUAAAGUGUAUCUUCUUAUUUUUGUUUUGCAAAUCCGCAUUUUCGAUUUCAUUUAAUCUACCAGUUAAUUCUCGCAAGUGUUUAAGAGAGGAGAUCCACAAGGAUGUACUUGUUACUGGAGAAUAUGAAGUCAGUGAACAGCCUAGUAUCAAAACACAUCCUAAGAUAACAGAUUCUGCUGGACACAUUCUCUAUGCAAAAGAAGAUGCUUCUAAAGGAAAAUUUGCUUUUACCACAGAAGAUUAUGACAUGUUUGAAGUUUGCUUUGAGAGCAGGUACCCAAUGGGAACUGGACGAUUUCCUGACCAGCUUGUCAUUUUGAACAUGAAGCAUGGCGUUGAAGCCAAGAACUAUGAAGAGAUAGCUAAAGUGGAGAAGCUGAAACCUCUGGAAGUUGAAUUGAGACGCCUUGAGGAUCUUUCAGAAUCCAUUGUUAAUGAUUUUGCCUACAUGAAGAAGCACAAGGAAGAGAUGCGAGAUACAAAUGAGUCUACUAAUACCAGAGUGCUGUAUUUCAGUAUUUUUUCCAUGUGCUGUCUAAUCGGUCUGGCCACCUGGCAGAUCUUCUACCUUCGGCGCUUCUUCAAGGCCAAAAAGCUGAUUGAGUAAACAUGGGGGAAAAAAUGGAAAUGUCCAGAGCGCUGAGAACUGUAGUCAACCUUCCUUGAAGGACCUGACAUUGUACCAUCAGUUUUGUAAAAUUGGCAGACAAAUCUAAAUAAGAGGAAAACAAAAA